AUGAAAGAGGGAGAGACCCUCAAGACUUACUCAGACCGAUAUUGGGAAACAUAUAAUGAAGUUGAUGGAAGCUUUGAGGAUGUGGCCGUGAGGACUUUCAAGGUUGGGCUCCUCGCUGAGCACAAGUUGAGGAAGUUGUUGACGAUGAAAUCCACUUCGAACAUGCGCCAGCUCAUGGAUCGCAUAGCACAGGGCACUAUCAAUGUAAUUCUCGCCAGGCUAGGGAACAAUGGGACCUCAAGCACUGGGGUUAUGUCAGUAGGUAUGGGUUGUGAUAUAGAGGCUGAUGAUCAUGCUCCCAAAAGAGCAAAGGCGAUGGUCACCCUUACUCUGAGUUUUUCUGAGAAGGAUAAGCAAGGAACCCUCCAACCACAUGAUAACACUCUAGUGGUUACCGUUAGGAUUAGGGGCUACGAUGUGAAAAGAGUACUAGUUGACCAAGGGAGUGGAGCAGAGAUCAUGUGCCCAGAUUUGUACUGGGGGCUAAAUUUGAGGCCCGAGGACUUAGACAAGUAUGAUUCACCGCUGAUAGGAAUUUAUCUCGAGCUGGUGUGUCACCAGCUGAACGUAAAUCUCAAGGUUGUGCCACGUAAACAUCCUCUUCAGCGCUCAUCCAAAAAUCACGCCGAGGUAGUCAGGAUAGUGGUGAACAAGUUGAAGCAGGCUGGAGCCAUCAAGGAGAUUUUCUAUCCCGAGUGGCUGGCCAACACAGUAAUGGUUAAAAAGAAAAACAGGAAAUGGCGAGUGUGCUUGGAUUUCACUGACUUGAACAAAGUCUACCCAAAAGACACCUUCCCCAUUCCUAGAAUUGACCAGUUGGUGGCCGCCACGGUGGGACAUCCUCGGAUGAGUUUCUUGGAUGCCUUUCAGGGUUACUAUCAGAUACCUCUGUCAUUGUCUGACCAGGAGAAAACGGCCAUUCGUGCUCCCAAUGGGAACUAUUAUUAUUGUGUGAUGCUCUUUAGCCUAAAAAAUGUAGAAGAGCAUUUGGCCAAUUUGGGGGAGGCUUUCUCAGUUUUGAGAGAGCAUAAACUACGCCUGAAUGCAUCUAAGUGUUCUUUUAGGGUCAGCUCGGGCAAAUUUUUGGGUUACAUGAUUACUUACCGCGGAAUUGAAGUCAACCCAGAGCAGAUCAAGGCUAUUAACAGUUUACGUCCUCCUUCAAAUCCCAGGGAGGUGCAGAGGUUGACUGGGAUGGCAGAAGCCUUACACAGGCCCGACAAGGAGGAGGUGUUGUAUACAUACCAUGCAAUCACCGACUACGCUGUUAGCUUCGUCCUAGUCAGGAAGGAGGACGGAAUUCAGAGGCCCAUCUACUAUGUUAGCAAAUCCCUGCAGGAGGUUGAGACGCGCUAUCUUCCUUUGGAAAAGGCAGUGUUGGCCAUAGUGCAUGCCAUUAGGAAACUUCCUUAUUAUUUCCAAGCCCAUACCAUUGUGGUGCUUACCCAGCUCCCUUUGCAAGCCCUACUGAGGAAAUCAGAUUACACUAGCAGGAUUGCUAAAUGGGAAACCAAGCUAGGAGCCUAUGAUGUCAAGUACGUGCCUCGGACCGCCAUAAAAGGACAGAUCCUAACAGACUUUGUAGCAAAGUUCACUGAGGGUGCCCCCGAAAAGGAGGAGGCAGUCAUGGGGGUAUUGGUCAUGUCGGCCACUAUUGUUCCAUUGUGGAAAGUUUAUACAGAUGGAGCUUCCAACCGAAAGGGAGCAGGAGUAGGGAUUGUGUUGGUCACCCUUGAGAAGCUGAUAAUAGAGAAAUUGUUGCGACUGGGAUUCUUAGCCACCAAUAAUGAGACUGAGUACGAGGCUCUACUAGCAGGGGUAGCUAUGGUCAGGCUGCUGGGAGGAAAAAUGGUUGAGUUGUACUCGGAUUCUAGACUGAUCGUGGGGCAAGUCAAUGGAAACUUUGAAGCUCAGGAUGAAAGGAUGCAAGAGUACCUUGCUAAAGUGCAGAAUGCACGAGCUCAGUUUAAGAGUUUUAUAUUGAAGCAAAUCCCUAAGGGAAAGAACUCUCAUACAGAUUCUCUAGCGAUGUUUGCCACUUCGCUAUAG